CCCCUCCCUCCCUCCCUGCCUCCCUCCAUCCCUUCCCGACUCAGUGCUUCUGCAGCCCCUCUUCCCUUGCCUCUCUCUCCUCCUUCGCCCCGGGCGCUGCGUCUGCUUCCAUGGAGCAAUUGAAGGUGACAGGGGCUGAGAGAGAGAGGGAGGGACGGAGGGAGGACGCGUCACCGUGUCACCUGGGGCUACACAACAGUGGAGAGAGCAAGGGGGAGACGAGGCGCGGCGCGGUGCGGCGCGGCGCAGCGAAGGGGAGACAGAGGUUGGCCCAGUGCGCCAGGGCCCGGCCAAUUAAAAUAAAAUUAAAAGCAGACAAACACACCGGGGAGAGACUUGAUGAAAAUUUGUCCCGGCAUUGUUGCUAUGGUGACCGCUCAUCGUCUCCCCCCUUCCUCGGUUCAUGCCCCCCUGCAGCGGUAAAAAAAGAGAGAGGAUGACAGGAAUAAACUAACAAGAGACCGUGCCCUAAAGCUACACAAAUCUUUGUAAGUAUACACACACGCAACUGAGGGACACGCUCAGACACACACACACACACACACACACACACACACACACACAAACAAACACAUGCACAUUACACUGCAUUUAAGUGAAAGGCCGUCCCGAGGCACUGCGCAAACUUACAUGUAAUGCCUAAUAAUACUAAGAAACAUAUGGAUGGACGGCGCAGAUUUAUGCACGCAGAUCUACGCACGCACAUCUAUGUAUGCAACAUCGAUACGAUGUAACGAAAUAUAAAAACGCUUAGAGGACGCUGCUUAUGCAUACGGACACACACGCAGUCCUGGGCCUUUUUCUUCUCGUUCCCGUCUUUCUCGCACUUGUUUCCUCCCUCUCUCUCCUCCCUCUCUGUUGUUUGUCACUUCAGCCUCUCCUCUCAGGCGAUCUUCUGAAGAAAGUGACAGAGAGGGAGAGCGAGGCCGAGCGAGAGAGAGAGGGAGCGCAGCGUUUUGUCAACCGGAAAUAAAACAAGACAAGAAUGCCUGCAGACGUGUUUCUCUCGCUCGCCCUCCCUCCCUCUCUUUCGCCCCGUCUAACUCUCUCCAUCUCUGUCCUCUCUCUCCGCGUCUCCCUCUGUCCUCUUUGCGCUCAUAUAGUCCAUAGCCAACAAAGCGAGUGGAGAGACGCUCAGGGACAGAGGGGACCAGGGAAAGAGGGAGGAAGAGCAGCCGGGUUGUGCUUGCACGUUCUUUACCCCGUUCCUUUUCCGCACUUGGUCUUCCUAGGUUUGCUCCACUUAGUUUGAGGAGUCAGGGGUCAGGGGUCAGGGGAGUCACGGUAAAAGGUCAGGGAAAGGCGCUUUCUUUUGGGAACAGGGGGUAUUUAAGUCUAUAAUGUAUGAAAAAUUAACUAUGUUAAAUCUACAAAGCGGCUCAAACUGGACCGAACAAAACAACUGGUACCACCAACCGAACGCGGUUCCGUCGCAGCACAACACAGCCGUGUCAGAGCCUUGUGGGGUGGAGGUGGACGGGGGACUCGGGGGGGCGGGAGUGCAGACAGAAAGGGACGAGGGCGAAGAAUCGCAGCUCCGCCUGCAGCUCAAGAGGAAGUUGCAGAGGAACAGGACCAGUUUCACGCAGGAGCAGAUUGAGGCGCUGGAGAAAGAGUUUGAACGGACACAUUACCCUGACGUUUUUGCGCGAGAGAGACUGGCGGCGAAAAUUGAUCUUCCGGAAGCACGCAUUCAGGUGUGGUUCUCCAACCGACGGGCCAAGUGGAGGCGGGAGGAGAAACUGCGCAACCAGAGGAGAUCAGGCAGCUCCACAUCCUGCUCUCAAGCUCACGCCCCACUGAGCACCUCCUUCAACUCGACCGUCUAUCACCAUCAGCACGGCAACAGCGCAGGCUCCAUGGUCAGUCGUAAUGACUCCUCUCUCUCGAACUACAGCACACUCUCAGUCUUCCCUGGAGUCCAGUCUGUACCCCCCCAGUCUGCCCCCUCUUACUCCUGCAUGCUGCCCCCAUCUCCGUCUGCCCCUCGGAGCUUCGACUCCUCACCUUACCCUUCUCCUCACCUGCCUCCGCCUCCUUCAGCCAACUCAAGUACAGGCCUGAUCUCGCCCGGAGUGUCCGUGCCGGUGCAGGUGCCUGGGAACGAACAGAACAUGGGUCAGAAUCUGGGUCAGUACUGGGCCCGAAUGCAGUAGGACAAGAAGGGGGAGACAGAAGACGUCCGUGAACGAGGAUGAUGGACAGGCAAGGGAGCGCAACGGCAAUAAACGGGUAACGGUGAAGAGGGGUUCAUUAAAGACGACUAAAGACAUGGCGACUAACUGGAAGGAAAGAGCUGAGGAGAGAGAGAGAGAGAGAGAGAGAGAGAGAGAGAG